UAUGAAUAUUAAUCACCUUAACCACGUGUCGCUGUCCUUUUAUUUUUCAUGUUAUGGUUUUUUUAUUCGACCAAUCUCUUUACUAAAAGUCCUCGUUUAGCAGUUGUUUUAUUCCAUUCUGGUCCUGGGCUCUGUUAUAAAAAGUCAGUCGCGAUGAGUAAGAAGAGUAAAGGGGCAGCGGCCGAGGGUCCUCCUCCAUUGCUGGGAAGAGUCGGCACCUCGUUAAAGGUUGGGAUAGUCGGUCUGCCUAAUGUGGGGAAAUCGACUUUCUUUAAUGUAUUAACAAAAAGUGGUGCACCUGCUGAGAACUUCCCAUUUUGUACCAUUGACCCUAAUGAAAGUCGUGUAGCUGUACCUGAUGAGAGAUUCAAUCAUUUGUGCGAGAGUUUCAAGCCGGCUAGUAAGGUCCCUGCGUUUCUACACGUUGUUGAUAUUGCUGGUUUAGUUAGAGGUGCUCACGAAGGACAGGGGCUGGGUAAUGCAUUCUUGUCUCACAUAAGUGCUUGCGAUGCUAUUUUCCACUGCAUAAGAUGCUUUGAUGAUGAGGAUGUGACACAUGUUGAUGGCGACAUUAAUCCUGUCCGUGACCUUGAGACCAUCAGUCAAGAGCUGAGACUAAAAGAUGAACAAUUUGUUUCUCAGAGAAUCAGUCAGCUGGAAAAGGUAGCCGUCAGAGGAGGAGAUAAAAGCAAGAAGCCAGAAUAUGACCUAUUGUGUAAGGUUCAAUCAUUACUAGUGGAUGACAAGAAAAGUGUUAGAUUUGGUACAUGGAAUGCAGCUGAUAUUGAAUUGCUUAACAAGCACCUGUUUCUCACAGCAAAGCCAGUAGUCUAUCUUAUCAACUUAUCUGAGAAGGACUACACUAGAAAGAAGAACAAAUGGUUGAAGGACAUUAAGGAAUGGAUUGAUGCUCAUGAUGCUGGUGCUAUUGUUAUUCCCUUUAGCGGAGUCUUUGAACAGAAGUUGCUUGAUAUGCCUGAAGAUGAAGCUGCUAGAUAUUGCACUGAAAAUAAAGUCACAAGCUCCCUGCCCAAGAUUAUAGUUAAUGGAUACAAGGCACUCAAUCUUCAAUAUUUCUUCACAUCUGGCCCUGAUGAAGUCCGUGCAUGGACAGUACAGAAAGGUACCAAGGCACCUCAGGCUGCUGGAAGAAUACACACUGACUUUGAGAAAGGUUUUAUUAUGGCAGAGGUAAUGAAGUAUGAAGAUUACAAGGAACUUGGAUCAGAGAGUGCUGUGAAGGCUGCUGGAAAGUACAGGCAGCAAGGACGGAAUUAUAUUGUUGAGGAUGGCGAUAUUAUUUUAUUUAAAUUCAAUGCUGGUGCUGGACUGACUGCUGGCAAGAAAAAAUGAUUCUCAGUAUUAAUUAAUUUUGUCAUUUUUAUUAAUUAAAAAAAUAUCAAUUGAUAUUAAAUAAUAA